GAUCAGUCAAGAUCUGGCUCUCAUCGCACGGGAAAUCAACGAUGUAGCAGGAGAGAUAGAUUCAGUGACUUCAUCAGGCACUGCCCCCAGUACCACAGUAAGCACUGCUGCCACCACCCCUGGCUCUGCCAUAGACACUAGAGAAGAGGUAGGAGAUCUUCAUGGAGAAAUGCAUAAGUUGGUUGACCGAGUAUUUGAUGAAAGUCUCAAUUUUAGAAAAAUCCCUCCACUAGUGCAUGCCAAACCACCGGAGGGGAAUGGUCGACCCAAUGAUGCUAGGCCUCAGAUAACAGAUGCCCUCGAUCCUCCAACAAUUACCCGGAGAAGGACUUGGAGCAGAGAUGAAGUUAUGGGGGACAGCUUGCUAUUGUCCUCAGUCUUCCAAUUUUCUCGCAAGAUAAGACAAUCCAUAGACAAAACAGCUGGCAAAAUCAGAAUAUUAUUUAAGGACAAAGACAGAAAUUGGGAUGAAAUUGAAAACAAGUUGCGAGCUGAAAGUGAAGUUCCUAUUGUGAAAACAUCAAGCAUGGAAAUAUCAUCAAUCUUACAGGAGCUGAAACGAGUUGAGAAACAGCUGCAAGCAAUUAAUGCUAUGAUCGACCCUGACGGUACCCUGGAUGCUCUGAGCAACUUGGGAUUUGCCAGCCCCAUCUUACCAGCUCAGCCGAAGCCGAAGUCCAGUCCCGUUUCCCAAAGUACCCACCCUCAAGUGCAGCCCACCUGCCAGCCCGAAGCCCGGGCUCUUCGACCUGCCGCCGUCCCUGUUGCAGCUGAAUUUGAGAAUGCUGAAUCUGAGUCAGAUUUCAGCAUACAUUUCAAUAGGUUUAACCCAGAUGGGGAAGAGGAAGAUGCCACCUUGCGUGAGUGACAUCUCAGUGUUAAUACAAAAACCUUUCAUGUGGAAUGUUUAGGAAUAAAGAAAAAAAUAUAAUAUUGGUUUUAUAAUU